AUGGCCAAGGAAGCAAACACAAGGACACUACAUGUCCAGUCUGAAAAAGGUCAAGGAGAGGAUCACAACAAAAGCCGUGUAUCAUUCCAUCCGCGCCAUAUCACCCUCGAGACCUUCCGCAACCUGCUAUCCCACUACCCUCUAACGGUAGAGCGAGUGCACCGCAGCAAGCUGAUGCUGAAGCUGCACUCGAAGGCGGCGAAGGGACCAAAGCGGAAGGCGGAGAUGAAGACCGGCGCAGCGACAACCACAAAGGCGGAGCUGAAUCUGUCCGAGGAGAAGCAUAUUCUGGAAGAGACGGAUAAGUUCCUCCAGCUUGACCAGUGGCGGUAUGAAGUUCUGCCGAAGAUCAUUGUGGAUCGGGCGAAUGGGAGUGGCCAGAAAGGAAGCGCGGAGGGGGCGCACUUGCUGAAGGAGGAGUUGAUUGAUAUCAUGGAAUGGAAGACGAAACAUGGAGUCUCCCGUCCUAUGCUGAUGGGAAUGGUGACAAGCAACCCAGUCGCGACGAUCACCAAGUCUACAUCCACAGCUUUCGCCGCCCUCCCAGACGUGGAUCCUGUGGUUGCACCGAAUGAUGCGUUCCCUAAAGCAAGUCUGGAUGCCCUUACUGCGCCUAUCCGUGGCGUCGGUCCAGCUACUGCAUCUUUGAUUUUGUCUAUCGCCACGGUCUUCGGCGACACUGAGAAACAAGUCCCGUUUUACAGCGACAAUGUGUACCUUUGGCUAUGUUUGACGGAUUUCCCAGAGGGUAACAAUAUCAAGGAGCAGAAGCCUUCUAAACAUAAGAAGCCCAAUGGGGAGUUGAUUGUCAAGUACAACAUGAAUGAGUAUCGAGAACUCUGGAAUGCUUCACAGGAGCUGCGCGCACGGCUGAACAAUAGCGCCGGAGAGAAGUCUGGGGACAGACCUGUCUCAUUUAUCGAUAUUGAGAGGGUUGCUUAUGUGCUCCGCAAUAUCGCUGUUUCGGAUUACUUUGCGAGUCAAUUACCCGAGGCUGGUUUAAAUAUGGAGAAGGAUAUGGAGUCGGCAAAUGACCAGCUACCAAAGGAAUCAAAGAAGGAUUCUAGUGAGCUUGGUACGAGGCGUAGUAAGAGGAUAAAGCAUGAAGUUAUGUGA